AUAGAAAAGGAAACUGAAAUUAGAGGAGCGAUCAUUGUACUUACUUACUACGACACGGAAAACAAUCAUAAAUUGUAUGUAAUAUUAGUAGUAUCAAUCGUCGAUCACGUAUUAUUGACUGCAAUAUUGUAGGAUAUACGAAGAAGGUGGGAAUAUGAAUCAAAUACUUAUUUCUCGGGUAAAUGUUGAGAUUUAUCGAAAACUGAAAUAAAAACAGCAAAAACAAAGUUUGGACCAACAUUUUGGUAAAAGAAAAAGUUGUUCAGAGUCACCCCAGCAAGCUAUUUCCGGAAGUAUCGGAAGUUACAGGACACCCUGUACAUAUGUGGCGGUCAUACAAUAGUUGCUAAGCAACAGUUAACACUACACAAAGUCCGCUACAAGAUUACAAGAAACGUGCAUUGUAACUGGUGACAAGUUUUAUUUGUAAUUAACAAUGGCAGAGGACGUGAAGCCGGAAGUGAUUAAAAAAACACAAGAUUUACUUGGAAAGUAUUUUAAAAAACCACCCCUCACAGAGAAAUUACUGAAGAAACCACCGUUUCGAUUUCUUCAUGAUAUUGUUUUAGCUGUCAUCAAUGAAUCUGGAUUCUUGGAUGGUUUAUUCACAGAAGAAGAGUUGAAUUCUGAGAACAUAAAAAACAAAGAGGCAAAACUUGCUUUUUUAACAAAGUUAAUUGAUGUUGUCAAAUUAGCUACUGGUAUUAAUCUAACUGUAAGAGCUAAUAAGAUAGUCUCUGGUCAGGAACCAACUAAAACAAAUGAGUUACUACAGGCAAUUGGAAAAGCUUUAGAUAAAAAGAUAAGCAGCAAAGAAGCUAUCGAACGAUAUAAAAAAAGUAUAUCGAAAGGUAAAUCUACUUCAAAAAGUAAAUUAUCUGCAAGAAAAGAGGAAAGAUCAAAAGAUGGGUCACAUAAAAAAAUUUCAACAGAUAAAGAAAAAUCUACAGAACAAAGAAAAAAAGUUUCCAGUACAAAUAACAUAGCAGAAAUAGAACGUAAAAAUGAAAGCCAUGAAUCUCAAACAAAUACUGAAAUUAAAACACAAGCUGAGCCAUCUCAGAAUAAAGUUCCUUCAUCUGCACAUAAAAGAAAGUCUUCAUCUGCUAAACUCAAACAAAAAGUAUCUGCUGUGUCUUCAUCUGAAACAAUAACUUCUCAAACAAACAGAGAUAAAAAGAUGGAGGAAAGUAAAAAACUAAAAGAAUCUGAAAAUCAAACAAAGCAAAUAAUGCAGGAUGAAAAUAGUAAAUCCCAGGAACAGACACCACAUAUGGUAGAUACUGUCCAUUCAGAAUUUAAAUUUACAGAUAAUAAUGAGAACAGUAAAGUAGAUGAGAAUACGAAGCCAGUAGAAUAUAAAGAAAAUGAAAUGAGAAAUAAUGAAGCUCCUCUUCAAAGCAGUGGAAAAUCGGAUCACAUAGCUCCAGAAGUUCAAAAAUCUCAGUUAGAAAAUAUCGAUGUUAGUAAUUUAGAAACAAAUUCUAGGCCAAAAACUUCGUUACGUCCACCUUCCUCAAGGCCAAUUAGUGCUAGACCUGCAGCACCCAGAAUAAGAGGAAAGGCAGAGUUAUCUAUUAAUGAAGAAAUACUAACACCAAUGGGAACUAUUAGUGUCAUUGUGGAAAAUGCUGAUACUAGGGAGGAUGACGCUGAAGAUAUGGUAGUAAUGGAAACAAAAGGAAGCAAAGGUGAUUCCUUAGAAAACAAUAUUUAUAAAGCUAAUGAUCAAUUAACACAAGAACAUGGACAUCUCGUUGCUCAAAUAUUAGAAACGCAAAAAGAAUUGGUUAACAAUGAAAACGUUGAUGUCAUACCAAGAAAGACAAAUAUUGCAUGGGAUACAAGUUCGAAACGUGACGUAAUUACAAAAGAAAUUGACAAAUUGCGUAAUACAAUACAAUCUUUAACGCGCGCAACAAAUCCGCUUGGGAAAUUGUUAGAUUAUUUUCAGGAAGAUGUAGAAAUUAUGCAGAAAGAAUUAUUAGACUGGAGAAAUCAGUAUCAAGAAGUAAAUGAACAGCUAAAAAUAGAAAAAAUAAAAACACAAGAAUUGAUAGAACCUAUGAGGGAAACGUUGAAAGAAAUAGAGUACAAUAUGAAGACACAUCUUGACAAAAUAUGUCAAGCAAAGUUACAAAUUAUAAAAAAUGAUCAACGAAUACAAACCUUAUUAAAUGGUAAUGUCUAAUGUUUUUAAACACAAAUAUUACAAACGCAUAAUUUUCUUCUCUUUAUUCAUUAGUAUAUAAAUACAAAAACAUAUACAACUUAAAAAGAUCUUAUCAUAUGACUUAUAUGUAUUUGAGUUUAAACAUAAUUAAAU